AUGAGCAGCGGUGCGUUGCUGGGCGCGUACUCAAAUUUGCGCCUGGAUUCUGAGGAAAAACUUGAGGAAGGUUUGCAGGAGGACGUCUUUGCGCUGAUGGCCAAAUUUGGCUUUUCCAAGACGGAGGAGGAGAGCGAGAUGCAAAAGUUCAGGGAGGUGUUCGACUCCAUCGACGAGGACGGCGGCGGGUCGCUAGACAUCGAGGAGUUCACCUUGGGUUUCCAAAAGGUCAACCCGGACAUGACCGACGAGCAGUGCAGAAAGAUCUUUGACGAAGCCGACGUGGACGGAUCCGGGGAUGUGGACUUCGAAGAGUUCGUCGAGAUC